AUGGCGACCUUGCGUGUGAUCCUCAGCGCUCUCAGCGCGUGUGGCGCGGCGGCCGCGUCGAACUGCACCGACGACUUCGCUGCGUUACGCGAGGCUGACGCCUUCAUUCCGACGCAGGGGCAAGGUGGACAAAUGUCGGCCGUGAGUCUUGGUGCGGAUGGCGCGGCAUGCGCGGAAGACGGUUACAAGAGCAGCGGCCUCGAGGCGUCCUUCGCGCAGGACCCACUGAAACUCACCAAGGAUAAGCAGACUCUUUGCAAGGCUUUGGCUUCUGAGUCAGACUUGUGGCUCGGGAUGAACAUGAAUGAAGUCACCGAGAAGGGCGAUCAGCAAGAUCCCUUUUCCAAGAUCUGCAGGCGCCUCGUCUUGCUUACGCAGGACCCGUGGCAGUUGCCACAACAGAUUGAGCCCCUGGCUGGCAUCUUGCGGGAUCCGCGAAUGAUGUGCCAAGCUGCCGAUCACUCAGUGCUGUUUUCAAUUGAUUGGCUGGUUUUGGCAGACAGCAAAAGUCACCCGCAGCGUCCCAACUCCAGACGCAUUCUAUUCGAUGCCGGAGGAUCCCGUUUUGGUGAUGCUACGAAGUUUUUCGUGACCAAGUACGCCGAACGUGGGCUGACGUUUGACGAGGUUUAUGUUUGGGAGGCACAGAAGCAAAACGAAGCUUCGUACUGGGAAGGUACACCAGCUGAUCUUCGUCAAGCGUGGGAGCCCAAACUCACCUUCUACAACGGGGUGCCCGUGACGGCUGAGCCAGGUUCAGCGGACAACCCGGAGAUGUGUGGUGCUGAUGACUUCUGCGCCUUCAAGCUGGACAUCGACACCCCCAAAGUGGAGUUUCCGAUCGUGCAGCAACUUGUCCAGGAUCCCGGCAACUUGAAGGAGUUCUUCUUCGAGCACCAUGUGCACGGGCUUAUGGAGCAGUUUUGGGGGAAAGAAGUCAACGGGACCUUUGCAGACAGCUACGAAAUCUUUUCCGCCUUGCGCCGGAAGGGAGUUCGAGCCCACUCUUGGAUCUAA